AUGUCAGUCAUAUCUUGGGGCUACAGUCGGUUUGCCACGUGGCUUUUCCCACCGCGGCUGGGGCAGAUGAUGUCGCAAGACUAUGACAUCGAAAACGCAACACUUCACGAUGAUUCGUGCAGUGAGAUAACUCUGAUACCUGAUAACGUCAGCCAAGAAUCAAUUGUGGCUACAAAGUCCCAUCGUGCUUCGAAACUCCUUGGUUCUGGUGAUGGACCAUCAGGAAGGGAUAAUUCGUCUACGCAGCAGUCGCAAUCCAAUACGCAGCAACCAUCACAUCCCAAGAAGCUAUGUACCUGUCAACACCAUCGAGGCUGCUGCCCAGCGCAUCGAUCGACGCGCAGGCCCAACAGACCAACGUCAAUCUUUUCGCCGCAGCUUGGCCUUCCCAACCGCAAGGGAGUACUUUCGACCAUAUUCCAGACCUACACACUCAAGCCAAUACACCCAGUCGUGCCUUACCACCUCUCAUUUGAGAAUCUUAAGUGCAGUAGACAAAGUCUUCGCCCACGAAGGAAGAUGGUUCUAGUUACAGAUUUAUGUGGUCAGGACGAAGUCACGGCUGCAGGGGGGACUACCUAUAUUUGGAGCAACGACAUAUACUACGGCAACGGCACUUUCUUGCAAAAACAAGAAGUUGUCUACAGAAUGGUUUAUUUGCACAAGAACCGGGGUGAAUCAUUCAAAUGUUGUCCUCACAACAGUCUUCACCUAUCCAAGCCAGUUUUCAAAACCACUAAUGGCUUCCAAGAGGUCAAAAUGGAGAUCACGAAUCGGCCUCAGCGUUGUGCAAGUCACCCUACGGAGCAGUGGAGUAGUCUUCGUGGUAAGCAUGUCCAGAUGGUGACCUGCGAAAUAUGCCACUCUGACGCAGAGUGCGUGUUGGAGCUGUGCACCGGUGGUUGGUUGUAUGCGCGAUACACCUGCUAUAGAGAGCUUGGCGAUGGAGAGAAUUUUGAGAAUCGGCAGUGGCUCUCUUUACUGACGGGCCAAGGCCAUAGCGUCCGGCCGUGGAACUUUGAUGUGUAUAUCCGUGUUUACUCUGCGGCUAGGCGUUUGGGGCGUCCUACGGAGAGUGUAAUACACCAGGGGCCAAAUGGAGCAUUCGAUGCAGAGACCUACUAUCAUUCUAAGGAGUAG